AUGUCAUCCGGCCGCCGAGCCGCGCGUCCGCGCCGCGCCGCGCCGUGCGUCGCCUCGGCGAGGGCGCCCCGGUGCCUGCCGGAGAUGUGCAAAGUGGCGCGCAAACUGGCUGCUCGCGCCCGUGCGUGUGAACCGGCGACGAUGACGGCUCCGGAAGUGAAAUGCGGCCUGAACUUGCGUGAAGGAUAUGAGAUAAGGGUCUCCAUGAACGCUCAUAAAACUAUGGUAGAAAAUGGUGAUAUUUUGCCCGAAGAAAAGCCAGAAAUGGAAAUUGCAUUUAAAAGAUGCUCCAACAGGGCGGCGGGGGCGGCGGCGGUGUCGGUGGACGUGUCGCCGCGCGUCACGGUGGCCAUGGAGGGCCAGCGCGUGACGGUGCAGUGCCGCGCCGGCCGCGCGCUGCAGUACUGCCGCAUCGAGCACACGACGCCGCGCGCGGGCCAGGAGCGCUCCACGUGGAACCUCAACGAGGACCUGCCGCAGUCGUCGGACGGCGUCAAGUACGCCGGCGCCGGGCUCGAGUCGGGCCAGUGCGGCUUCACCGUGCAGCGCCUGCCGGCCAGCUUCAACGGCGGCUUCCGCUGCACCAUGGGCUUCCGCAACCUGCCCGAGGAGGGCAUCGGCGUCUUCAACAUCACCGUCGCAGUGGCUCCAAAUGCACCUGAUUUGGCAGUGUCAAGUUCUGGUCAGCGACCUAGUUAUGGAAGUGGCUAUGGAAGUAAUGACAGGUAUCCCAGCCGUGAUGAAAGUGAAUUCCGUGAUGGUGAUACAUUAACUGCAUCUUGUACUAUCCGUGAUAGUCGACCACCAGCCAAUAUAUCCUGGUUUCUGGAUGAUCAAGAAGUGACUCGUGGCCUUACCAACCUUGAAACUAUUCACACAACUGACAGAGAUCUCUUCACAGUGAAACAGAACCUUUCUUAUCAGCUGUCUUGGCGAGACCAUGGAAAAAUGUUGAGAUGUGUUGCAGGACACCUUGCAUUAGAGGAUAGUAACCGCAAUAACCAGACAUCUGCUGCAGUAAAUGUUAAAUUUGCCCCCAGACCACAUUCAAAUCCCAUUGAUCAGUUUGGCUUCAUAGUGGGAGUUCCUGGAGAAAUUGCUGUUGAAGUAAAUGCUUAUCCAAAACCUACUGUAUCAUGGAAAAUUAAUGAAGAAGUGGUGCAAGAAAAUUCAGCUGGAUAUGAUGGGCAUUUUCAUGCUUCAUCUUUGAUGAACAAUGGUAGUGGAUCUUGGACAGCUGUCCUAAGAAUUAAUGAAGUUAACAUGGAGGACAUUGAACGAGAAUAUGCUCUUAGUGCUCGUAAUGAGCUGGGUGAAGAAACGUACAGGAUACGGCUAUCAACCAGCUCAGAACCUAUUGUGACAUCACUUGAAGCUGGGGCAAUCAUUGGAAUUGUUGUGGCUAUCCUUGUGCUGUUGUUGGCUAUCUUCCUGCUUGUGUUUGCGCGUACCACAGGACGUUGGUGCUUUGCAGCCAGUGGAGGUCGAGGAAAGACAAGCCAUUCGAGUAGCGAAGCUCACAUAGACCCGGAGAAAACUGCUACACCCCCAGCUAAAGGAGAAGGGGAGGGGGGUAUGGAAAACCCAUCGGCCAAUCACAAUGUGAGCAGCGAGUACAUCAAUGGCAACCAGCAGGAGAUCAAGAAGGCUGUAAAAGAUGACAAAGACACUCCUGUGUAAAGGGUUUUGUGGGUGUGUGGGUCCAGUGUUCCAGUUUUGUCCCACAAGUGCAGUGGAUGAAUCUUGCAGAAACAGAGAUGGGCUGCCUGAAUAUUGUGUGUGUAAAGACACAAGCACAGUUCUGUGGCAUGUACUGAAUAUCUUGGACCAGAGCCCUAACCCUUAGCACAGUGCAUCAAGUCCUUAUUUUGCAAAAAAUCGCACAUAGUCAUGUUUUAAUAAAAAAAAAAGCAUUGCCAGCGCUUCUUAUGAAAAAUGACAGACUCGUUUGUUAGAUUUCCAUAAUUCUAUGUGCUAUUUUUUGGACUUAGUGCAUUUGCAUCCUUUCUUUGCUCUGCACUUGACUGUAAUAUGCACUUGGCACAUCUCAUAGCAAUGAGCACUUAGUAAUGCCUUGAUAAGCACCACUAAUGUUGCUGCUGUCUCCUUGCUCAUCAGGUAGUACAUUCCCCUCAUUUAAUUUACAAGAAAACCACAUUGCAUAACGAAAAAUAAAUAAGAUGAUACUUAUAUAAAUCUCAGGGAGAUGUCCUAGCUGAUUAAUUGUGAAUCUUCAGAUUAGGAGACUUGUGGUGUGCAUUUUGGAGACUUUCCGUCCCCUAGAUCUCUUUAUUUUCUUGGCCGAUGAAAUGUUACAUAAACAGGGGAAUUGGUAAAGAUUAAAAGAUAUAUUAAUGAAAUAAUGUGGUCUUAAUUAGAAAAUGUAUUAAUGUGAUUACAAAAGUGUUCAGUGCUAUGAGAUCAGCAGUCAGUUGAAGCUAGUACUGAAAAUAAGCAUUGCUCCUCUUGGUUAGACUUCUAUCUAAUGAAACCAUUUCAUCCUUGAGGUAUUCCCUUGACUGAGAUUUGAAACUAAGGACAAUAAUUUAAAAGGCCAAGAGCCUUUAGGAAGAAGUCAUGUGGAGUAAUGCUUUUUGCAAUGUAGCUCGGUAGUACAGAUGUGUUCAUGGAGUAGGCCCACCUCUGAAAGGUUGUGUUACUGGGAAUGUUUAUCAUUGUGAAUUUUUAAAGAGGCAGGUGCCUGAAGUAGUGUAUGGAUCAUCACUGGACAGACAGCAAGUUGCAAACUAGCUUCCUUAAGAGAGUGCAUAAAAAGUGUGAGUUUCAAUGGAGACCUGGAUAUCAGAUGUGGACAAAGAGCUGGCAAAUGUGAAAGUACUGUUUAAGUGAGAAGAUAAUAGAUAAUGCCAGCUGUUCUUGUGAUCAAAAGAAUCCAGAUGACCUCUGUGUGUGUCUGUUCUUAUACCUACUAUAUAACUGCAAUAUAUAUUAUGGCUCCCACAUGGGGAAAUUACUGGCCUUAACACAUUGCAUGGUCAGUCCAUAAUGUGUAAGAGCCGGUUGUGUGUUCUAUGUGUAUGAAACCAUGCAUUCCUUUUGACAAUUCUCUCCAUUCCUUAGCCCAAUGUACAAUGGACAGAUAUUUGCUUAUAUUGUACAAAAUUCUCAGGCAAAAUGGGAAAGGAAAGAUGCGUCUCAGGUGGUUAAUCCACUUUCUCAAGUUUGUGUCUUGAAUACCCUGUUUGUAGUGUAUUCUAAGCAAAAAAAAAAAAAAAAAAAUCCCCAGUGCCUCUGUCCAAGACUGUAGUAAUGGUGUUGAAUACUCUUAUCCAACACAUAUUACAUUAUUUAAAGGAAGCCUGUAAUCUUUACUAAGUUUUAUUAUAAUAUUAUUACUACAUUUGUUUUAAAAUUAAGACAUUAAUUUUAACUUUGCAACCUAUAAUGUUCUUAAAAAGUUCAGUAUUUCUUAAUAAGGAUGGAAAACAAAAAUUACAUUGGUCAUUUGUCCUAAUAAUAAGAGCUGUUCAAAUCAGGGACCAUAUAAUUCUAGGCUUUCUUUGUUAUAACAAAAAUACAAUAAAUGAAACAUUGGUUGUGAUUUUGUUAUAUCAUAAGUUGGAAAAAUGGAAAUUAUUUUCAGUAUAAUUUCGACUUGUGAUUCUUAUGCGUAAUUUAUUACUGGAAAUACUGUGUUACUUUGUUGUGUAUAUGAUAUAUGAGGGGGUUUGAGAGUAUUUGAUAACAUUAUUAUAGAGGCACGUUUAAAAAGAUACAUUCCUGCAAAUAUUCCAUAUUCCAUAAAUGUGAAUUAUUAUAAAUAGUAAUAUGAUUUAAAGAAGAUAGAAUUUUCCUUAAAGGGAUAUAUUACUAACUUGUUGACAAGACAUCUGCUCUCCUGGUGAGAAAUUUUAUACAACAGCAUGAACUGAUAUACUCAGUUGAUUGUUUUCAAAGUCUAAAGCAAACAUUAUAAGACUCUAUAAAGCAUAUAGCAUUCUAAAGAAGUGGAAGAAGAUAAAAUGUGAUAUUCAAGGAAAUCAUUCAAAUUAAUUAAAAACAAAUAUUUCACUUAGUUUUCCAGGUUACCAGAAUAAUAGAAUCUCAUGCAAAGUAAAUAUUUGAUCUCACAAAUUAAAUCAUUCCAGAAAAAAGACAUUUUCAGUAUACACUCAAAAGGGAGAUGAAUGUGUUGACUUUUAUAUGUAACUCAGCUCACAUUGCUUCUUCCAAAAUGAUCUUUUGAAUCUCCAUUCCGUUCUCUGAUAUUUACUCAGUAUUAUUUCUACAGAAAUGGAUAGCACAUGACAUUCCAUAUUUGCUUUGUCAGUGUUUUAAUUUUGUACUGCUCCUUUGAUAGGACUUAAACCAUUUUAAUAUUCUAAUUCUUUCUCAUUCUGAAUAAGAACUGCUGAUUGCAUUACAUGCUUUACCCAGAUAACAUUCUUGGAAUGUGUGGUAAGAAUAAUCCACAACUUGUAUGAAGUGUAUAGUAAAUAUGUUUAGUGAAAAUACCAUUCAUACUCACUGUUACCUUACUUAAAAUUACAUUUAUUUACAUUAAUAUAUUUUUUAUUCCUUCUUCUGCCAGACAGCAUUCUGCAAUACUGAAAGCUUGCAGCUGGAGUAAACAUGUGAACAAUCAGUAGAAAGUAACUCAGCUCAUGAAUAUUCACACAAAAGUACUUAACACAAAAAUUGAGGGUAAGAUGGUGUAAAAAUUACACAAAGUAUUAUGUACUAGAUGAAGAGUCUAUUUAUGAUUAUAAUAUACUCUAUUUUGCUGAUUUAUAUCUAAAUACCUUGUGUACUGUUCUGGCAUAUAACAGUGUUCUGUUUUCUGUUGAAACACAGGAAACUCCAUUUAUACUUCUCUUUGUAUCUGGAACUAUAAUAUUACUCAACGAUUUGUGUAGAAUUGUUAUGUUACCUUAGGGGAUUAUUUUUAUUUAUGUUUAAUAUAAAUAAUUAUAUCUGUAUUGCAUAUAUCAUAUUUGUAAACAGUUCUAUAUAUCAUUUGUUAAUGAAUAUUUCUUAAGAUCUUACUAUUUAAUUUGAUCACUUUUACAACAACAAACAAAAUUUGAGAAUGAAGCAUUUAGGACUGUAUUGUAUUGACAUGAAGAAAUGUGAUUUUGUCUCCAUUGAUUGUAUAGUAUUGUGUCAGAAUAUAAAAAUAUUGGU